CCGAGCUUUUUUUCUUACUGGAUGGUGCAAGAAUAAAAAAAAAAACAUGAACAAUUUAAGCUUUUGGAAAGAAGCUGUUAACUGGAACAUUUGAUUCUCUCAGACGCUGAAUCGGUUGAGUGAACAGUUCCCGACGGGAUUUAUCAGGAACCACGAAUGUUCAUACAAACAUUACUGUUUUUUUUUAAGAAUUCGGAACAUUUCGUGUUUUGGGUGCUAUUUGCUUAGAGCGUUUAUUUGUUUUCGUCACUGUUAUACAAAACAGUUUUUGGUUUGUUUGUUUGUUUGCUUGCUUGUUUUGUGCCCUGAAGACCCACACGCGCUUUCUGGGACACAGCGCGCGCGAGAGACGUCUGAGCAGGGAAAGCACUGCGGCGUGAGGUGCGCGUGACUGAACGCAAAACUGUUUUUUUUUUUUUUGCUAUUGACCGCAGUUUGAAAGUGAACAUGGGAUGGGCGACCUUAGAUGGGCACUUUUUCCCACUCCUCUGCUGCUAAAGCGUCAGCUGCUGAACUGAAGAACACGACGCCGAGCUGUUAAGGUGUCCUUCAUCUUUCCGGACCAAGACGCUACUGGUUUUUCUUCGAGGACUCGGAUCGGAGGCGGUCAGUCACCCGCUUCCUCUCUGCUCGUUUGCUCUCAGGCGUAGGCAGGCGGCUCUAGCUGUUACAGAAGACGUCUCAACGGACUCGACACGAUACUGGAUAUUAAUAUCUAACAUAUAAGGGAGUAUAUAGUGCUGGUGUCUAAACUGUGGGGACACACACACACACGCCCACUCACACGCACGGAUAUUCGUGUUUCCCCAGGAGCGACACGGAGCUGAAAUCUCGGUGUUGGGGAAUUAUAGCUGCUGGGGGUCAGUGUUGGACCUGCAGUGUGAGCAAGAGGAGGAAGUUUGAGGUGGUUUUGAGAGCGACACUGGGACACACUUAUUCUCCAGCGAUGGACAUCAAAUGGCUAUUUAUAGCCUGUGUCCUUUUGGCAGGCACAAGUACAGCCCAGAGGAUAGUAUCAGUGCAACCCGGGCCUCUGGUGCGAACCGAGGGCUCCCACGUGACCAUCUGGUGUAACGUGACUGGCUACAGAGAGGGCGUGGAGCAGGACUUCGAGUGGUCAAUGUACCUGGAGACAGCUCCUGAUCGAGAGAUCCGCAUCGUUAGCACCGCUCAGUCCAACUAUGCCUACGCCGUCUACGCCCAGCGCGUCAACGCCAAAGAGAUUUACGUAGAGAGACUGAGCGGAGACUCCGCGCUUCUGCACAUCACCAAGCUGCAGUCCAAGGACCAGGGCAUGUUUGAGUGCUACACACCCAACACUGAUGGCCAGUACCUGGGCAGCUACAGCGCUCGGACCAACCUUACUGUGAUUCCAGACACGCUGUCUGUGACUUCGCCCACCCAGACUCUGUCCAAAGUGGAAGGGGACACGCUACUGUUGAACUGUGAAGUGACGCGUCAAACCUCUCAGCACACACACAUUGCAGUUGGCUGGUACGCGCGGUCCUUGGACGAGCCGUCCGGCCCACCGAGGGACCUCGUCACCCUGACGCGGGAUAUGGUGCUGAGGCCUGGGAUGUCCUACCGCCAGCGUCUGACCUCCGGAGACGUUCGGCUGGACAAGACGAGCAGCACAUCCUACCGACUCACCAUCUAUAGCCUACAGCCCACAGAUCAGGGCCAAUAUUACUGCGAGGCGUCAGAGUGGAUCCAGGACCCUGACCGUUCUUGGAUCGCCAUGACACGCAAACAGUCUGAAAAGAGUGUGGUCAAAGUUCAGCCCACAGAUCGGGACUUUAGUAUCCAAGUGACAACAGAUCGCCGGGCCUACACGGCAGGUGAGCCGCUGGAGCUCCGCUGCACCAUAGAUGCUCAGAAUGUUGCUGAGCGUUACUUCUCGGUGUCGUGGGUCUUCAGCAGCUCGUCUAUAGCCGUGGUGGGGCCCAGCGCUGUGCCCGUGCUGGGGGCAAACUAUGUACAGCGUGAGGCCACUGGCCUCAUGACCAUUCGUAAAGAGAGUCCGUCUGUCCACCUGCUGAAACUGCAGCAUCUGCUUCCUGAGGAUGCUGGGAAAUACAUCUGCAGAGUGACUGAGCGGGAGAAGACACCCACCGGAGAGUUCAUUGAUCGAAGCAAGCGCUCCCGUAAUGUUCAGAUCGCCGUGCUUUCCCUAAGUAGUAACAUUAGUGUGUCAUUGACCAGCAACUCCUCAGAAGUGCUGGAGGGAGAGCACAUCCACUUGACAUGCUCAGUGCAUUUGACAGUCGGCGCUCUGUCCAUCGUCUGGCAGUGGGCAGACAAGGAUGGCGGCGCUCCUGCUGUUGACUUGGCGUCAGUGGAUCGCUAUGGCACUAUACAACCUGGACAAAGUUACCAAGAGCGCCACAGCUUCGGGGAGAUCCAUGCGGAACGGAUCCGGUCAGACACCUUUACCCUCACCCUGUAUAAUGCCUUCCCCAAUGAUGAGGGGCAGUACCACUGCAUUGCCACCGAGUGGCUUCAAAGCGGCAGUGCGCCAGACUGGGAGUGGCAGCACAUAGGGGAGAACUCAGCCACCACUGCCAUUACAGUGAAGUCUGUAGAGUCCUCAUUCUUUGUGUCAGCCUCAUCACGCACUCCCAGUGUGACCUUUGGUGACUCGUUUGACCUCCAGUGUAUUGUAAAAUCCCGCCAUAGCCCAAGUAUUCCUGCCUCGGUGACCUGGCGCUUCCAGCCGGUGGAAGGUGGCAGCGAGCUGCGAGAUGUUGUGACCUUCACUCGUGACGGCACACUGCAGUGGGGUGAGCAGACACUGGGCCUUGGUACACGCACUUCUGUGGACCGGACACGCAACAACACCAACUUCCGCCUCAGCGUCACUCGAGCUGGACGCAAAGAAUCGGGGACUUACCAGUGCGCCGCUAUCCUGUAUCGUAGAAAUUACGACGGCACCUGGAAGAUCGUCGCUAACCGCACAUCCAACCUGCUGGGCAUCAGCGUCCUGCAGCCAGUGAGCAAGCUGCGCAUGCACAAGGUCAACCAGAGCCUCCAGUUUGUUGAAGACAGCCGCGUUCGCCUAAACUGCUCCAUUGCGUCCCAGACAAGCGCCGAGUCCCAGCAUGCCGUGUUGUGGUACGCACGGAAGGGCGCAGCAACUGAGCCCGACGAGCUUCUGUUGAAGAUCGAGCGCACCGGGGCGUUUGAGUAUGGCGCAUACGCUGAGGAGGAGCGCCUGCGCAGCCGCGUGCAGUGUGAACGCCUCUCGCCGAGUCUUUAUGGCCUGACGCUGCACCGCGCUGAGACCAGCGACUCUGGGACCUACUACUGCCUAGUGGAGGAGUGGCUCACUGAUCCCGAUGGAGCGUGGUACCGCUUGGCCCGAGACUCUUCUGGCUUCACACACGUUGUGAUCAAGCAGCCAGCUGUAAAAUUGCAGGUGGAGGAGACAGAGUCGAACAUCACCGUGCCUGAAUAUGAUUCAGUGCGACUGGGCUGCAGCAUACCAUCUCAAUCCUCCAAAGACUCUCGCUUCUCUGUGUCAUGGUACGUGUCCCGCUCUGAGAGAGAAAGCGAACGGGAGUGCGUGUUCUCUAUUGGCCACGACGCUGUCUUCGGUAAUGGGAACUGCAGUCCGAUGGAAGAGCCAGGACACAACUCUCGCCUACAGUUUGAGCGCACUACCUCAGAUCUCUACAGCCUGACCAUUCAAAGGGCACGUCCAGGAGAUGCAGGAAAGUAUUACUGUCAUGUAGAGGAGUGGCUCCUGAACCCACGCAACGCCUGGUAUCGCCUCACCACCAACAACUCUGGAGCUACCAUUGUGAAUGUUCAUGAGAAAGUCUCGACUUUGCAGUCAGUGGUGUGCUCCAACAACUCGCUUUUUUAUUUUGUUUUCUUCUACCCAUUCCCCAUCUUUGGCAUCCUGCUCAUCGCAGUUUUGCUGGUGCGCUACAAGAGCCGGAGUUCCAACAAGAAUCAGGAAGGCAAGAACGGAGCACCGCUGCUCUGGAUUAAAGAACCCCACCUGAGUUACUCACCUACCUGCCUGGACCCCCCUGCUCUCAGCCUCCACCCAGGCUCUGUGGAGUAAACAGGGCAGAAAGAAUGCCCCCUCUUACUCAUCUACUCUCUCUCUCUCUCUCUCUCUCUCUCUCUCUCUCUCUCUCUGUUUCUUUGCUAUCACUCCUGUUCCUCGGGAGCGCUCUGGGCUCCUGACUCAGCCCUGUUAAUCCCUCCAUAUGGCUGACUGAACCCCUACUCGGUUGAUGUGGUCAUGGCUGCAGUGGCUGCCAGAGGAAACGCCUAGAUGUUUGGUUUGGUUGUUUAUUUUAAGGAUUUUCUUUAUAGUAUUUCAACAUCCUACUAUUUGGACUAUCAUACUCUUACAUUGCCCUCUCCUGCGCAGAAGUGCCUGUGUGUCUGAAAGCAUUAGGUCUUUAACCCCCAAGACACACAGUCUGUACCUGGGAUGAAAGAACAUAUUCUGUAAAGGAUUACAUGUGAUUUUAUUCUCUCUUUUGAAUGUGUGGUAUGAACCCCCUUUUUAAUUUAUGAAGGCUGGUGCUCAUCUCAUGAAAAAAUAUAUUUGUUUGUUUUUUUUUCUACCCGGUUCUCAUUUCAGAAGACUGGCUGCUCAAAGCAUUAGCCUGCAAAAAAAAUGUCAUGCUGAAAUAGUGCACAGGCAGAAAAGUGUGAUUCCACCAGGUGAGAAAAUGUUGGAAAGGAAGGCAGUGAUCUUGUAUUCUUGCCUAGGAGAAGCCACAGAACUGAUCUCUAAUGGUAUGUCCAUUAGAUACAUUUGAACUGAUAAAACAGAGGGGGGAGAGAGAUGUGUGACCUCCCGCCGUGUGUAGAAACACUGUAUUUUAUAUCACACUCCUUCUCACUGCCAAAGACUCACUAACACAUGGCUGAUUCUCAGUGCCGACGACUAACAAGCAUAUCCAUGUGCACAAACUACCGUGACUUGACUAAGUGUCCAUUACUCUCAUUCCUCCACAUGAGAAAAUCAGAAAAGGAGGAUGCUAUACACUGAGAUCUUCAAGUUCCUGCUCUGACCUGUAGUUUCAUCGCUAGUGUUCAGGAGUGGUAUGCUGUGUUCAACAUUGUGCAUUUUUUAAAAUUUCUCUCUGAACUAUGGUAGAACAGGGAAUUCUACUUGCUUCCCUAAAAUGACUCCAGACUGCUGGCCUCUGAGGUGUCAAAGCGAUGUGUUUCUGUGUGUGCUGUAAGAAACAUCGCAAUGCUUCACCUCCUACUGUGAAUAUUUCACCCAUCACCCAUAAACCUGUAGU